AGUUGUCAAGAUUUCGUUUGUCAUUUCUCUUUUCAAAUCUCUGUCAAUUGAUAUAAUUCGAUUAUCAAAUACAGAAUGCAUUUAGUUAUGCGUAUUAGUACAUUAUGCAGUUGUCGGGAUUUAAUAUGCAAGCCCCUUUUCAUAACUUACCUUCAUUACUCUAUACGACUACUUCUAACUGGCUCAGGGACUCCAAUUGAUGGUUAUGCUUAUGUAAUGUCAUAUAAACCCCCUUAACCUCUUCUUAGUAUAUAUUGAACAUCAAUCUACCUAUUAUGUAGACGCCAAACAUCAGUCUGGUGUGCAGGAAUUACCUAUUAAUUACCGGGAUAUUUUACAUCUUACAAUGGCCCAGCCCGUCCCAAAGACCACGAAGCAGUGGAAUGUCGUAGGCUACGAUGGCCUUGAAUCCCUGAAAUAUUCAGAGCAGCCAGUGCCUGAACUCGGCGAUACCGAAGUCUUAGUUAGAAUUCAUGGUGCCUCUUUAAAUUUUCGAGACAUCGUGGUCUCUCAGGGGAAAUUCCCCUGGGGCACCAAGCCAAACGUCGUUCCUGGCUCCGAUGGAGCGGGAAUUGUCGUAGCUACUGGGAGGCACGUUAGUCGGUUCCGGCCAGGCGACAAGGUCAUUACCGCUCUCAACCCUCGGCUGAUCGCAGGAUCGUUCACCGAAGAGUUGUCAAAAGUUGGUCUUGGUGCCUCAGUGGACGGCACCCUACGCACUGCCGGAGUUUUCGACGAGCAAGGCCUUGUCUCGAUGCCCGAGGGCCUAACUUUCCCGGAGGCUGCGACGCUUAGCUGUGCGGGACUCACGGCUUGGAAUGCGCUCUUCGGCCUAUCUGGGAAACCAGUCGCUGCCGGCCAGUGGGUUUUGACGCAAGGCACUGGUGGGGUGAGCAUCUUUGCCGUUCAGUUCGCUAAGCUUGUCGGCGCCAGGGUUAUCGCGACGACGAGCUCACCCGAGAAAGCGAAACUUCUUGAGAAGUUGGGUGCUGACCAUAUCAUAAAUUAUCGCGAGACCCCCGACUGGGCUUCCGCAGCCAGGGAGUUUACUGGAGGAUUCGGGGUUGACUAUGUUAUUGAUGUCGUGGGGCCGACUUCGCUGAAGCAGAGCGUCGCAGCUGUAAAACACGAUGGCGUAGUCUGCGUCUUAGGAGGUGUCGGCGGUGGUGACGGGGCUGCGGAGAUGCCCGUCUUGUUGGAUUGCUGGAUGAAACUGUUCACGGCUCGUGGUCUAUGGCUCGGCACUCGGCUCCAGAUGGAAGAUAUGUGCCGCGCUAUCGAGGCCAAUAUAGACAAGUUGCGCCCUAUCGUCGACCCUAAGAUCUUUACGCUGGAACAGACGAAGGAGGCAUAUGAAUAUCUAGCCUCAGGGAAGCACCAGGGGAAGGUUUGCAUCGAAAUUGCGUAAUUUUAAACAGGUACAUAUGGGGUAUAUUGACGACUCUCGCGAUAGAUACACAUAUAUACACUGAUAUGUUGUUCUUUGA